AUGUGUCCUGUCAUUUUCAAUCAAUUAGAAUUGUUAAGUAAUGAAUUAUUACUUGAUAUUUUUGAAUAUCUUGAUGCAUACAAUUUGUAUCAAGCUUUUUAUGGCUUGAAUCAUCGUAUUAAUGAUCUUCUUCAAUCGACUCAUUUACAUAUGAUUUGCGAUUCAUUAAAUGAAAAUGAAAUAGAUUGGAAUACACUUAAAUCAUGUAUCAAUCCAUCACAAAUUCGUAUAUUAUCUUGUUAUAAUGAUAUUAACAUAGAUAAUCAUUUUUUAUCUUCUGUUAAAGAAAAUCUACGGUCAGUUCGUUUACGUGAAAUGAAUCAUGAAUCGAUAAAUACAAUAUUUCAACAUUUUCCAAGUGGUAAUCAAAUUAAAUGCUUAUCUAUUAGAGAACAUUGGUAUUAUACAAAUUCAAAUAGUCAUUGUCUCUUUCAUUCUAUAUUAGUCGAUAAUGCUGAUCGUUUUACUUUACUUGUUAAUCUUUCACUAUCCUGUAGUCAUUAUGUAGAUGUUUUUCCUACUGUUUCAGUUCAAUUUUUACAACUCCGUCAUCUAUCGAUUAAUAACUAUUAUUGGUCAACAAAUUUUCUUCAAUUUCUUCAAAAUAAUGUACCAAACCUCAAAUCACUAAAAUUUAUUGGAUAUUAUAAUGUAUUGAAUCUACCAUCGGAUUUUGCUUUGAAGCACGUUGAUGAACUGCAUAUGAAUAAUUCCGGUAGCUUCGGUCAAUUGCAAAAUAUACUUUCUGUGUUUCCUUGUUUACGUCGACUUCAUAUAGAUCAGCAAAACAAUAGACAACUUCCAAUUAUUAAUGGUAUUCAAUGGCAACAGUUGAUUGAAAAGUAUUUGACUAAUUUAAAACAACUUACUAUUGAUUAUGGUAACGGGAUUGAUGAAGAAAUUAUAAAGACAUUCUAUACAAAUGAGUUUUGGUCAACGAAAAAAGUCAAGGUUAAGAUGAUAGUAAAUAAAACACAAGCUCGAUAUCCACUUGUUAAAACAAUUUAUUUUGGCCAACAAUGGCAGUUUAGAUACUUUGAUAACUUUGAUUUGUAA